AUGUCUGAACCAUUUGCACCAAGUGAAUCAGAUUAUCAGCCAUCUGAAAGGUUUGACUCUAUCGAUUCUGAAAAGGAACUAAGUCACUUAAAUAACGCCUUCCUUGCUAAUGGGUAUAAUGAGAAAGAAAUAAAGGCGGCGCUAGCACCUAGGCAGAGGAGACUUGACAUCAAUGAACAGAAUAACACCGUUAAUAAGGCCUUCCUUCCAUAUGUCUCCCAGGUCACCGAUAGGAUUGGAAAAGUUCUCAGGAAACACAACAUCAAAACAAUAUACAAACCUACCCGGAAAAUAAAGGACUGCUUGAGACCAGCCAAAGAUAAAAGGGUACCAUUAUCCUCUGCAGGGAUCUACCGUAUACCUUGUUCCUGCGGUAGCGUAUAUAUUGGAACUACCAAACGCUCAGUAGGAACGAGACUUACGGAACACAAGAGAAGCUGCAGGUUAGGGCAAACAGAUAAGUCGGCCGUAGCAGAACAUGCUCUAAGAGAUGGUGACCACAAAAUCCAGUUCGAAGACACCCAAGUCAUUGCCCAACAUCUGGAUAUCAUCCUCGUCUGGUCAGGGAAGCUGUUGAAAUUCACAAACAUCCAAAUAAUUUCAACAGGAAGGAAGAAACUCUCUACCUAA